AUGAAAUUACUUCUGCCACUUUUAAUUUGCAUCACAGCAAUCUUCAUUGCCUAUAACCCUUCUAUCAAAGACUCUCUCAAAGACUCUUUCCUCACAUUCAUCCAACAACAAGCUCCUAGCCGGUCAAAGUACCUUGAGACAACAAACAUUGUCAAUCAGACAAACCUCAACCUAGAAACCCGGACUCCCAUAUACUUCCCCAUCACAGACAUGUCCGUUCCUCGCGCAAUUCGACAAGCAUUCAUUGCCAUUGAGCAAGCAGAAGGUGCAGGUGCCCGUGUGCGCCGCUCAAUUGGAACUGCCAAGCUCCGCAACUUCAGUCCCUUCCUCAUGCUCGACCACUUCACCAUCGGCAAGGGCGCCGGCUUCCCCGACCACCCCCACCGCGGCCAGGAGACCAUCACCUACUUGUUGUCCGGCGGCGUUGACCAUGAAGACUUUGCCGGUAACAAGGGCACCAUUGGAUCUGGCGAUCUGCAAUUCAUGACUGCAGGCCGUGGCAUCAUGCACGCUGAGAUGCCCCACGAGAACGAGGACGGUAGCCCCAAUGUCGGUAUGCAGUUGUGGGUCGAUCUGCCCCAGAAGUUAAAGUUCUGUGAGCCUCGUUACCGUGAUCUGCGCGCUGAGGAGAUCCCUCUCGCCACAGUCGAUGAGGGCCGCGUUAUAGUUAAGGUCAUCUCAGGCCAGUCGCACGGUGUUGACUCCGUGCGCGACUUGGCCUACACCCCUGUCUGGAUCUUGGAUAUCACCAUCAAGCCAGGAGGUCGUAUCUCGCAGCCCCUGCCACAGGAAUGGAACUCAUUUGCCUACACUUUGGCUGGUGAGACCAUCUUUGGCUCGAAUGAUUCCACUCGCGUCGUGAAGGAAUUCACAAACGUCGAAUUCGAGCAGAAGGGUGACUUUGUUGAACUCUCCGUCCCAGACAAUGCCGAAAAGGAUUCCCGUAUCUUCCUUGCGGCUGGCCAGCCUCUGGACCAGAAGGUUGUUCAGUAUGGACCUUUCGUAUUGAACACUCAGGAGGAGGUUUACCAGGCGAUGCUCGACUACCAGACUGCCUCCAAUGGGUUUGAGAGGACCCGAAACUGGCAGAGUGAUAUUGGCAAGCGAAUGGCAUAA